CUGGGUGUAGUCACAUUGUGUAAUUCCCUGCUGAUCAGAAUCCAGUUGCUUUUGAUGGGUGAAGCGCACAAGGAUGGACACAAGGCGUUACUCAAUCCAGGAGAGGAAAAUGAAAUGGACAUAUUUGGAUACAAGACUCACAUUUGCCGAAAAGUUCUUUGUAUUAUUGGGUAUAUUUUCUCAUUGGGGUUCCUUUGGCUUUUGUUCUACUGGAAGCCUGAAUGGCAUGUGUGGGCCAACUGUGUUCCAUGUUCCCUGGAGGAAGCCAGUGUUGUGCUGCUCAGAACAACCGAUGACUUUAAACAGACCUCGUGGAAAAAGGUGAAGUGGAUCCAACUUUCAUCUAAAGAUUUUAAAACUUACAGGGCAGCAACCAAAGAUCCAGAUUCAACCAUUAAUAAGGCAAUAAUAAUGCCAGAACUCAAAGUUCGAUAUGUACAGGUUCAAAAAAUCCGCUACAUUUGGGAUAACAUUGAAAAGCAGUUUACAAAAGCUGGAAUUCUUGAGGACCACUACUCGUGUUCAUCUAUACAUGCAAUGUUUGAGUCUGGGGUAGCAUUAGAAGAAGAAGGUAUAAGAAGGCUUAUUUGUGGACCUAAUAUCAUUGAUGUGGGCAUUAUUCCAAUAUGGAAAUUACUGGUUAAAGAGGUUUUAAAUCCAUUUUACGUGUUCCAGCUCUUCAGUGUGUGUCUUUGGUUUGCUGAAGAAUACAUUGAAUAUUCAGUGGCGAUUAUACUCAUGUCACUGAUUUGCAUAUUUUUAUCAGUGUACACACUACGACAGCAAUCCGUGAAACUCCACAAACUAGUUGAAUCUCAUAAUAAUAUCACUGUUUCAGUAUAUGGAGAAGAUAGAGGGAUUUUUGAUCUGGAAUCUCGGCAUUUAGCUCCUGGCGACAUUCUUGUGAUAAAAAGAAACACGCUUUUGCCAUGUGACGCUCUGCUCUUUAAAGGAGGGUGCAUAGUUAAUGAAAGUAUGCUUACAGGGGAGAGUAUUCCAGUAACCAAGACGCCCCUGCCUAACACAGACAAUACUGAGCCAUGGAAAGUUCAUAGUGUACAUGAUUACAAAAGGCAUGUUCUUUUCUGUGGAACUCAAGUCAUCCAGGUUAAAGCUUCUUAUAAUAGCCCAGUGAAAGCCGUCGUAUUGAGAACAGGGUUCAACACUGCUAAAGGUGAUCUUGUGCGAUCCAUCCUCUACCCUAAGCCUGUGAAUUACAGGCUAUACCGAGAUGCUGUCAUAUUUCUUUGCACACUUAUUGGAACUGCCUUCAUUGGAAUGAUCUAUGCAGUCUGCGUAUUUUCUCUAUCUGGGUCUGCCCCAGGUGAGGUGGUACUGAAGGCUCUCGAUGUUAUCACCAUUGCAGUUCCUCCUGCCCUUCCUGCUGCACUCACUGCAGGGAUAAUGUAUGCCCAAAGGAGACUUGAGAAAGCAGGAAUUUUCUGUAUCAGCCCACAAAGGAUCAACCUGUGCGGAAUGAUAAACCUUUUCUGCUUUGAUAAGACUGGAACCUUAACAGAAGAUGGGCUGGAUCUUUGGGGUGUUGUUCCUGCCAAUGGAUACCGAUUUCAGAAUGUAAUUAUACUAUCGCCAGACUCGAGCCUCCCAUGGGGACCACUUUUUGGAGCUAUGGCAACAUGCCACUCACUAAUUGUUUUAGACGGCAAUGUACAAGGAGACCCCCUGGACCAGAAGAUGUUUGAGUCUACCUGCUGGGUCCUUGAAGAUCAACAGGAAGAUAACAUGACAGAGAAUAUGCCACAAAGAAUUGUAAAACCUGGUCCCACUACAAGCAGCGAUGUCAUUGAAGGCAUUGUUAUUCUACAGCAGUUUCCAUUUUCCUCUUCAUUGCAGAGGAUGUCAGUAAUCACACAAGUUCUUAAUGGUGACGAAUAUGCAGUUUAUCUGAAGGGGGCUCCAGAGAUGGUGGCUUCAUUCUGCAAAACAGACACUGUUCCAAUAAACUUUCCUGAUGAGCUGGCGUUUUAUACCAAGCAAGGAUUCCGAGUCAUUGGGUUGGCAUAUAAGAUACUGGACAUAAAAGAUCACAAAAAACUGCUGACUCUAAAGAGGGAAGAAGUGGAGUCAGAUCUAAUUUUCCUAGGAUUACUAGUGCUGGAGAACCGAUUAAAAUUAGAGACCAGACCAGUCUUGAAAGAGCUGAACCGUGCCAAGGUCAGAUCAGUAAUGAUCACAGGAGACAAUCUUCAGACAGCUGUCACAGUUGCUAAAAACUCUGGAAUGAUAAGCGAAGGCAGCAAUGUUAUUUUGAUAGAGGCCAAGGAACCCAGCGGAUCUGACUUGGCCACCAUCACAUGGACAUUAGUGGAUGGCAUCAAAUCCAAAAAUUACGAUUUCAUGGACAUUUGUAUCAGCAUGGAAGAGGUAUCCAAACCUGCAGAGGAAAAUCUUCAUUACCAUUUUGCAAUGAAUGGAAGUACUUACCAAGUUAUAAUACAGCAUUUCAACAAUUUGUUACAAAAGAUAUUGAUACAUGGAACAAUAUUUGCCCGUAUGUCUCCAGGGCAAAAAUCUAAUCUUGUUGAAGAAUUUCAAAAAUUGGGUUACUCAGUUGGUAUGUGCGGUGAUGGUGCCAAUGACUGUGGUGCACUGAAAAUGGCACAUGUUGGAAUUUCCUUAUCUGAACAAGAAGCUUCUGUUGCAUCACCAUUUACAUCAAAUACCCCGAAUAUUGAGUGUGUUCCACGUUUAAUAAAGGAAGGAAGAGCUGCCUUGGUCACAUCAUUCUGUGUGUUCAAAUACAUGGCUCUUUAUAGUAUGAUUCAGUACAUAGGAGUUCUUCUACUCUACUGGGAAAAAACAACAUAUGCAAAUUAUCAAUUUCUCUUCCAGGAUCUGGCUAUAACCACUGUAAUCAGUGUUACAAUGAGUUUGAAUCAUGCAUACCCUAGGCUUUCUUCAUUUAAGCCACCAGCCCAGCUCAUCUCUCCUCCUCUGCUGCUUUCUGUGUUGAUUAAUAUCAUCCUAAGUCUAAUUCUACAAGUAUGUGGCUUUGUCAUUGUCCAGAAACAGCAAUGGUACAUAUCGGAUCUCAGCUCCAUCUAUAGCGCCUGUGUCCCAACCAAUCAGAGCCUUUCGACCAGUCGGCCUGUAAGCAAUGACACUAACCUAACAACUAGUGCCAAUUCAGCUGAAAUCAGUGAUUUCCAAAGCUAUGAAAAUACCACAAUUUGGCUGUUGGCCACUUUAAAUUGUCUGAUUGUGGCACUUGUAGUCUCAAAAGGAAAGCCAUUCAGACAACCUAUAUAUACCAACUACAUAUUUAUUCUUGUCAUCGCCGUCCAGUUUGCAGUUUGUCUAUUUUUUUUGUUUGCUGAUAUUCAGAAUCUUUACAAGGCUUUGGAUCUGGUCUGCACUCCUCUCAUAUGGCGGGGAGCUAUACUAAUCAUGCUGCUCAUCACACUGGCAGUGUCAUACAUUGCAGAGGAAGCUAUUGUAGAAAAUAGAGCACUCUGGAAUGCUAUGAAAAAACUCUUCCACUAUAAAUCUAAAAGCCCAUACAAGAGGCUACAGCGCUUGUUAAAGAAAGAUCCAGAGUGGCCUCCACUCGACAGAAAAGACUGUGCCGCCCAAGGGAAUGCUGCUCUAAAUGGGGAGAAGGGAUACUAUGUCAAUCCAACUUUUGAGAGCAAUGAAUACAGCUGACAUGGUUAAACUGAAAACGUGUAUUUUUUUUUGUGUCCGUUUUGUUUGAAAAUAUUUGUGUGUUCUAUAUGUGGGGCUGUGUUUUUAGAUUUUGAUAAAUUUUAUAUUGUAAUAAAUUUUACAAAGUGAA